CGUGCAUUUGCGCAAACUUCGCAUAUCGUGUAGACGUUUGUGUCGGUGUGGUACAAUCCCUCGAGUGAUUAUUCACCAAGGCGAUUGCACUUUUUCACGCUCUUGGUCUUUUUUCUCAACGUUCGUUAUCUAAAAUCGCGACCUCGAUAGUUCGUCUUAAGUAAACUCGUGUACGUUAGUCGCUCCAGUAGGUCGUGCUCUCGUGUCGUCGCGGACAGGUACCUAGUCAAUUGUUAUUUACCCGGUCUUCGUCGUCUUUGCCAACGAAUUAGUCAAUUUUCUGUACAAUGGCGGAUCGCAAUGGUGUCACCAAGGAAGAUCAGAACGAGGAGGGCGAGCAGAGGCAGCUCUCGGAGAAGGCGAACGAGUACAUUCGCGAGUUGAUGCAGGAGAAGCUCAACCUCGACGAAAACGGUCGCCUGCCCAAUGCUCAGCGACUACUUGAUCAAGAGAUUCAGAAGACCCAGGCCAGUGGGAGACCAAUCAAGGAUUUCAAAUAUGUCGACAUCUACCGCGAGAAGCCGAUUAAGGUAUCGGUUAAGGUGUUGGUACCCGUCCGUGAGCAUCCCAAGUUCAACUUCGUGGGAAAACUGCUUGGCCCCAAGGGUAAUUCCAUGAAGCGCUUGCAGGAGGAAACGAUGUGCAAGAUGGCUGUUCUUGGCAGGGGAUCCAUGAGGGACAGGCAAAAGGAAGAAGACCUUCGCAAGUCCAUGGACCCGAAGUACGCACAUCUAUUCGAUGAUUUGCACGUCGAAAUAAUGGCGUUGGCCCCGCCAGCCGAAGCUCACGCACGUAUUGCCUUCGCUCUGGCUGAGGUACGCAAGUACUUGAUACCCGACAACAACGACGUCAUUCGCCAGGAACAGAUGCGCGAGAUGGAACUCGGUGGUGAAGAGCCUAUGGAGGAACGUCGUCCAACUGGUCGAGGAGGCAUCCUCAGACCCGCUGGUCGACCACCAGGCCCCCCUGGACCUCCUCCUCGUGGUGCUGCCAGACCCAUCCUGCCGCCACCGCCACCUGUCCGCCCACCAGUUUCUCGACCUGUCCCAGCCAAGACUAAGGUGUUCUCGAUUUUGGACCGUGCUAGGGUAGCUAUGGAUCAGAGUUAUGGGUACAAAACGGCACCCCCGGCAGCCGCUGGUCGCGCACCUCAUCUCGAUUACGAUUAUCCUGUCUCUUCCAGCGGUGGUCGUUACGGCUCUAACGAUGGUCAUCAUGUUACCGAGGAGAUGUAUCCACCGCCGCCAUCGUCAAGAUACGGAGCUGCAGCUUCGGCCUAUGACUACGAAGAAGAGCCCGUGCCCCACGGCUCUUCCCAUGACUACUAUGAUGCGCCGGAUUAUCCAGUGCAACGAUCAAUGAAAUUCGAGGACUCAUCUAGCCGUGCAUGGAAGUCAUACAAGACAACGACGACCGGUGCGGGUGGCUCGGCUGCAAGCUCUCGCUACCGUGCCACCCCCUAUGCAAGACCCGCUAAGUAACUAAUUUCGUGAAGACUUUAAAAUGAGCGGGAAUCUAAAAUAGAAAGCAACACUCCGCGUGACAUUACAAUUUUUUUACAUGAUUUUAGCUCUAUGCUUGCAACUAUUAGCUUCAUUAUUUUUUCACGUCGUCGAACAGUUUUGUAUUACACAAAGUUAGAUUAGUUAAGCAAGUGUACCUAUACUUUAGAAAAUGUAAAUCAUAAUUUUUUACAAGUAGUUACCUUCAAUUCUUUUCUAUAAAAUGGACAAUUUGUAUCAAGAAACAAAUCAAAUUUUUAACUCUAAGUAUUUACCAUGAUCAGCUUGAACAUUAUACAUCAAUGUUAUACUGAUAUUUACCUAAUAUUGAAAUAUUUUACAAUAAAAAUUUUCUAAACUAAAUUUGUUAGAGUAUUUAACGUUCAUCAACUGAAUCUUUAUAAUGUGACAUUAAUAUGAAAAUCAAGAAUUCACAUUUAGAAUGCAUAUAUUAAUAAAUUAUUGAAAAUGAAAAAAGAAAUAGCGAGUUAACAUUUAAUGUAGUAGUGAUUAUAAUACUAUAAAAAGGGAUUCUAGAAAGUUACAUAAAAAAUUAUUUACCAGAUGUUCAGCUUAUUAAUUGAAAAUCCAAAUAAUGAACUUGAUAUUAAUCUAAUACACGACAAAUGAGACAUUUAAGAAAAUAAAAAUAAUUUGAUGCGAAAAUGUUAUGGAAAUUAAAAAAUAUGUUAUUAAAAAAAUUUCGAUUUUUUGAAACAUUUAAUACCUAAGAAAUAAUUGUCAAGAUUAAUAAUAAAGACACUAUAGACUUCGUCUAUCAAAAUUCACAUGUAUUUAUACCAAUCUUUAUAUAAUAUAACAUUACUAGUGACAAAAUAAUUCAGUGUAUUAGUCAAACUUAAAAUAAUGUAGUAUUAAAAUACUUAAUUGUUACACUUGUAGUUUAACUGUUCAAGCAGCAAAAAGUUCAUCCUUUAAAUAAAGAAAAAGAAAAAAAUAAUGUUACACUCACUAAGGUAACUUCCAAUUAUGUUAAUCUAGACA